AUGGCCGUCGCGCCGACUGGCAAGCGCGAAAAGAGCAAACGGGUAGUCGAAGCGCAAAAAACCUACGGACGUGGCAAGCCCAUCAAUGUACAGAGCGUGAGGGAUAGGAAGCUACGCAGCAAUCUGAAGGCUGUGGAGGCAAAGUUCAAGGAAGCCGCUCUCAAGGCGAAAGAUGCGGAAAUUCUGCUCGAGCAUGAGGCGGGAUUCCUGGAGCCUGAAGGGGAGCUGGAACGGACAUACAAGGUGCGACAGGAUGAGAUCCGCGACAAUGUCGCUAUCGAGACGGCGAAGAAGGGAUUCGAGUUGAAGUUGGAAGAUCUCGGUCCAUACCGGGCAGAUUACACAAGGAACGGUCGGGAGCUGCUUCUGGCUGGUCGGAAAGGGCACGUUGCGACAAUGGACUGGCGGAAUGGCAGAUUGGGCUGUGAGCUGCAACUGGGAGAGACAGUUCGCGAUGCUCGGUGGUUGCAUAACAAUCAGUACUUUGCGGUUGCGCAGAGGAAGCACGUCUACAUCUACGACCACGCCGGUGUUGAGCUACACUGUCUCAACAAGUAUAUCGAACCGGUCUUUCUCGAUUUUCUCCCAUACCACUUCCUUCUCGUUGGCGCUCAAAUGAGCGGUCAUCUCAAAUACACCGACACAUCGACCGGCCAGAUGGUCGCAGAACUGCCCACACGACUCGGCGCCCCGACAUCGCUUUGCCAAAACCCAUGGAACGCCAUCAUGCACGUCGGGCAUCAGAAUGGAACGGUUACGCUGUGGUCUCCAAACUCCCAAACCAACCUCGUCAAAGCACUCGUGCACCGCGGCCCCGUUCGCUCGCUAGCGGUGGACAAACAAGGACGAUACAUGGUUUCAACAGGCCAGGACCAGAAGAUGUGCGUGUGGGAUAUCCGUAUGUUCCGGGAGGUGCACUCCUACUCGUGCUACCAGCCCGGAGCAUCGGUCUCGAUCAGUGACCGCGGUCUGACAGCAGUCGGCUGGGGCACGCAGGUAAGCGUAUGGCGCGGCCUCUUCGACGCUGCGCAAGCGGACCAGGGCAAAGUGAAGAGCCCGUACAUGGCCUGGGGCGGGGACGGCCACCGCAUCGAGAACCUGCGCUGGUGCCCAUACGAAGACGUCCUGGGAGUCGCGCACGACAAGGGAUUCGCGAGCAUCCUGGUCCCCGGCGCCGGAGAGCCCAACUUCGACGCGCUGGAGGUCAACCCGUACGAGAACACGAAACAGCGCCAGGAGGCCGAGGUGCGCGCGCUGCUCAACAAGCUGCAGCCCGAGAUGAUCUCCCUGGACGCCAACUUCGUCGGCAAGCUGGACACGAUCCGCGACCAGAAGAACCGCGAGGAGAAGGAUCUCGACCGCCGGCCCGAGGACCCGAUCGAGAAGCUCAAGAACCGCGGCCGCGGCCGCAACAGCGCCCUGCGCAAGUACCUCCGCAAGAAGGGCCGGCGCAAUGUCAUCGACGACAAGCGCGUCAAGGCGGAGAUGCUGCGCAAGGAGCACGCUGCGCGGCAAAAGGAGAAGCUCCGCGCCGAGCGGCAGGACCUGGGUCCUGCGUUGGCGCGGUUCGCCAAGAAGGAGAUUUGA